CUUCCAUCAGGUUAUCCGCUAAUUACCAAUCAAGCUCGGCGUUAGAUUGUUUGCGAAUACCCGCAAUUCGGCCGUGGUCAUCAGCUCAGGAGCGAGUCAAGCGGGCCAUCAGCUUGACCAAACAACAUUAAUUUUUUUGGGCCGACUACUUGCGGAACGGAAUUCUGUCUCAUCAGCCUGGUCGCGAACGAUCUGAACCAUCAGCAUCUAUAUACGGCUCCGCUAGCGACUGGAGAAGGCUCUCAGUCGAGUCUUUCGACCAUGGAUGACGAGCAAAAAUGGACGCUACGAUGCCCGAGGGGUGGUUCAGUGGAGGUCACUCGGAAGAUCCUGAUGCUCAGUCCCGUAUUCAGAGACAUGAUGGAUAUCGGAGAGAGUUCAACGGUGGGAAGGAAUGACGACAAUGAACGCCCCAAGAAGAGACCGCGAAUCGAAAAGGCACAGGAAGAAAUCCCCGUUGAUGAUGACGCUGCCACUUUAGAAUGCAUGUUCUCACUUCUCGCCAAUCCGAAGAGCUCGAAUAUCAGAGUUUGGAACGUCUCUACGUGGCUAAAGACGCUGGAAAUUGCGGACAAGUACGACUACUCCCUUUACGAAUCAAUAUUUCUCGGAUCCCUUUGGGAACGGGCCGCAGAAGGCGGUGGGAGCGCAUUACGGGUGUUUUCAGCCGCCAUCGAGCUCAAGCACGGGGCUCUCGCUCGAUACGCCGCGCGCACAUAUGGAGACUAUGCGUGUGGGAGGAGAAAAACUCUACCGGUAACCUGGUCGCUAGGAGUUGUGGAGUUCGUGGGGUUCAGGGCAUGGUAUUAUCUGAUUCAGGCGUGCGAGAAGUGCAAACCAUUCGCCUGGGACAAGGUUGCGGACCAUCUCGAGCUACCUGCCGAAUGGGACGAACAGCCGGUAGACUCGCCUUCUGAGUAGUUUGACCGAGAGAGAGUUUACAGAGCUGGAGAGAGAAUCAGACGACCGAUAAUUCCUGGGGGAAAUAACAGAUAUCGCUACAACCUUACGCAUCGAUCGCAGAGUGAUCGUUUUACGAAAGCCUGAUUUACGACGUGUCUUAUCAUCCUUAUGAACAUUCAUGUAUUUCGACGACCUUGCUUCUUGCCCAUAUUAAAGGAGAUCAACCAUUACG